AUGAACUUAAUCUAAGGCUAGGCUCCGAGCUAGAAAAUGAAUGCGCAAAUAGUAUACUUGCUAAACUAAAAUAAAGAGUUAUUGGCUGACCAAGAUGCAAUAUCGCUUAUGCAAAUGAUUAACAACUUCUAGGAAGCUAUUGUUAAUAGAACUAGCCAUGUGCUUGACCUUAUGUUAAAAACUUACAAUCUUGUCAAACUAUUAGAGCAGAUAAAGCUGAUAGAUCUAACUAUUAUAGAAAAUCAGAAGUAAACAGAAACUAUUGAUGUGAACAAUUUGAUUGAGCUUAUCUCAGAAUCAUACUCAUAAAUAUACAACAAAGUAUAUAAGAAGGACAUUCAUGCUUAAUUCAAGGAAGCAUUGGACUAGCUAAAUGAAGAUUCAGAUAUAGAAAUAACCCCUAAUGACAAAGACGAAGGAAAAUAUGAAUUAGAAAUCAACAAUUGCUAUGUCUAGGAGAUUAAGUAAUUUCAUGAAAAUAAGGUUGAAAUCGACUAUAAGCUCUAGACGCAGGAAUCUUCAAUAAUGCAGUUUUAUUAAGAAAACUCAAGGCAUAACCCUCAAUCAUAAUCUCAAUAAAAGAGUAAAAACCAUCUUUAGAGCAUUCAUAGUCAAAUUAAAUAUUCUAAAAACGAUGAUUAUUCUUCCUUAGAUCAAUCUUCAUCACAGUCCUCUUAAAAGAUAAUGACUUAUAGAGAUAAACAAAUGAUUAAAGUCUAAGACAGAUCAAGUAAUAGCAAUUUACAUUCAAAAACUGGAAGUCAACAUAAUACAGUUUUGUAUAGUAAUCCUGAACUUACUGCCUAUGAUAAACCAAUCAAUUUCUAUAUGGUGAGAAAGAUCUUUUAAGAUCGUAAAAUUGAGGUGACAGCUUAAAUAAGUAGGGAUCUAAAUGCUUACAGAUAGUGUCCAUAUACCCUAUAUCUGUAUAACUCUAACAGAUAGGAUAUUAUAGUUGGCAUUGUUUAUGUACAUAGCAAGAUAUGGCCUAAGUAUGUGACAUUUCUAAAGGGUGUUAAAUAAAAUAGAGUUGGAUAGGAGGAAUAUUAUGUCUGUAACAAAGAAAGCAGUCUUCGGAAUGAAUUCGGAAAGAAUAUUACUCCUCAGGCGACAGUCUAAACUGCUAGAGGGCCAUUUGACAUUGUAUCUUUAUGA